AUGCGACAAAAGGUUCCGCGAAUCGUCGCAUUCCCCGUCGCACUCUUCCUGGGAGUCGCCCUGCUGCUCGUCACCCGUCAGCCAGCGGAGAUCGCGCGAGUAGAGGACCUCUUCGAGGCAUCCCCCCCCACCGCUCUCUCAAAGCUUCCUCCACUGUCCGAUGCUUCAGCAGCUCUCCCUCCGCCGUCCGAUGUCGCACUGCGGGAAACUCACGGGAAGGCGAGCAAUAUCCAGGUUGCCAUUCAGGAGGACGGCGAUCAGGUUGACGGACGGACGACAGAACCGAGUCCUAGCGAACGUGAUAGCGAAAUUACUCUUUCCGAUAGGAGCACCACCAACGAACCCAACAACGAGAAUAAACGCAAUGCAGAUGGUGAGGGCGAGCAGUGCUGGGACGGGCGGGUGCGCGUGUAUGUGCACGAGCUGCCACGUCGGAUGAAUCUGGGGCUGAUGGAGCCCAAGUGGAAGACGCGGCAGGAGCAGCGCACGAACGCCAGCAUGGACGAACCGCCCAUCCCGCCGUGGGGGUGGCCGGCGGGCGGCGACGUGCACCCCACGGCGUGGCAGCACAGCCUCGAGUACUUCCUCGUCGCCGACCUGCUGCAACCGCCCUCGCCUCGCCCCUCCCCCCCUGCUCUCCCCUCCCUCUUCGUGCCCCCCCCUUGCUCAUCCCUCCCUCUGUUCUCCCCCCCUCUGUUCUCCCCUCCCUCUGUUCUCCCCUCCCUCUGUUCUCCCCUCCCUCUGUUCUCCCCUCCCUCUGUUCUCCCCUCCCUCUGUUCUCCCCUCCCUCUGUUCUCCCCUCCCUCUGUUCUGCCUCCUCUCCCUCUGUUCUCCCUUCCCUCUGCUCUCCCCUCCCUCUGCUCUCCCCUCCCUCUGCUCUCCCCUCCCUCUGCUCUUCCCUCCCUCUGCUCUCUCCCCCACACACAUCAACAGAAGAGAGACCCAGGAGUAGCAGCAGUGAGGAAGAGAGACCCAGGAGUGGCGGCAGUGAGGGUGAGCGACCCCACACAGGCGGACGUGUUUCUCGUGCCCUUCUUCGCCUCCACCAUGGUCAACCUGCUCCGGCGGAAGAACUUCCCCACCUACAAGGCUCUGGCUAUGGAGAUGGCCGAGCUGAUGAGCGCGUCCCCUUGGUGGCAGCGGCGGGGAGGAAGGGACCACGUGCUGUGCGUCACCCACCCCAACGCCCUCGAGCUAGUGCGGCACUACAUGGCUGCCGCUGCCUUCAUUGCAGUGGACCUCGCCAGAUACGAACCAGGGGAGGCAGAUCUGCACAAGGACAUCAUAGCACCUUACGGGGCGCUGGUGGAGACUUACACUGCAGAGGCCGAGAGGCGGGACGCUCAAGGGGGGCUUGCAGGAGGAGGCAGGGGGGGAGGGGAAUCAGAGACGACUUUUGAGACGUCUCAAAAGGGGGAAUCAGAGACGACGGAGGCGGAGAGUGAGGAAGAGGAAGGAGGCGGCAAUGAGAAGGACGGGAAGGGGAAGGCUGGAAAGGAUGGGGAGGAAGGCGAGCCUGCGAGUGAGGAGGAGGAGGGUGAUAGUAGUGAGAGGGAAGGACAGGGGACUGGAGGGGAGGCAGUAGCAGCAAGGAGUGGAGUGGGAUCUGGUGGUGGUGCUGCUGCUGCUGCUGUGGUUACAGGAAGGGCGGAUGCGGGUGUGUUUGCAGGGCGCACCACACUGCUCUACUUUCAGGGCACUCUGCAACGCAAGGAUCGGCGCAAGGCUCUAUUUGACGAGCUACAGGGGGAGUCGGACGUGCAUGUGAGGGAGGCUUCAGGGUCCAGCCAGUCAAUACGCGAUUCCCAGGAGGGCAUGCGGCGAUCACGCUUCUGUCUGCACGUGGAGGGAGACACGCCGUCCUCCUCGCGGUUCUUCAACGCCAUCAUGAGUGGCUGUGUGCCUGUCGUCGUCAGCGACCACGUGGAGCUGCCCUUCGAGUCCGCCAUCGACUACUCACGACUUGCGCUCUUCUUCUCUCAAGAGGACGCCCUAGUCAAAGGCCGCCUGGUCUCUGCGCUCCGCCAGGUGUCGGAGCAGGAUUGGCUGGCGAUGUGGCACCGGGUGCAUCAAGUGCAGAAGCACUUUGAGUUCCAGCAACCAGCAAGGGCAGGCGAUGCGGUGGACAUGGUGUGGCGGGAGGUGCGCAACCGCCUUCCCCGCAUGCAUCUCAUGGCUCACCGCGACACGCGCCUCACCAUCCCUGAUUGGAGUGCCUGA